AUGUUCUUGCCAAGGUUGUGUUUUUUAACUAUUUUUGUUUUGUUGAAUUUUAAUGGAGAUAUCAAAUUUGGAGUUUGUUUGACUUCCGACGGCCUGUCUUUGCUUUCCUUGAAGUCCGCCGUGGAUACCGCCUCUGCAUCGGCUAGCUUUGCCGACUGGAAUGAGAACGAUUCAACGCCGUGCCGCUGGAGUGGAAUUUCAUGCAUGAACAUCUCCGGCUCGGCGGACCCGCGUGUUGUAGGCAUAUCCAUUGCCGGUAAGAAUCUCCGGGGGUAUAUUCCGUCGGAGCUUGGCGGCUUGAUUUAUCUCCGUCGGCUUAAUUUUCAUGAUAACAACUUUUAUGGGUCAAUUCCCGAUCAACUGUUCAAUGCUUCAUCUCUGCACAGCAUCUUUCUCUAUGGUAAUAAUCUCAGCGGUUCUCUACCCCCCUCUAUGUGUAACCUUCCUCGCCUACAAAAUCUUGAUCUUUCGAAUAAUUCCAUAUCUGGGCCACUCCCGAAGUUUAUGAGGAACUGUCGGCAGUUGCAGAGGCUUAUUCUCGCCGGAAAUGAUUUUUCCGGCGAGAUCCCGGAGGGGAUCUUCCCGGAACUUGCCAAUUUGGAGCAACUUGAUCUAUCGGGGAACAAAUUUAAUGGUUCGAUCCCAGUAGAUAUAGGAGAAUUGAAAUCGCUUUCAGGGACUUUGAAUUUGUCAUUCAAUCUUUUUACAGGGAAAAUUCCAAAAACAUUGGGUGAUUUGCCACUUACUGUGAGUUUUGAUCUUAGGAACAAUAACUUACUUGGUGAAAUUCCACAAACAGGGUCAUUUGCGAAUCAGGGUCCUACAGCAUUUUUGAAUAAUCCGAUGUUGUGUGGAUUUCCAUUACAAAGGACUUGUAAAAACAAUUCUGAAAAUACCCCUGGGAUUCAGAGUGCUUCUCGCGAAAAUGAGGAUAUUAAUGAGAGCAAGGGGCUAAAACCGGGGUUGAUUAUAUUGAUAGCGGUAGCUGAUGCUAUUGGAGUGGCAUUUGUAGGUUUAGUGAUUGUUUACGUGUAUUGGAAGAGAAAGGAUUCUCAUGGUUGUAGUUGUACUGGGAAAGGGAAGCUCGGGAGAAAUGAGAAGACGUGUGUUUUUCCUUGCAUUAGUAAUUUCCCGAGCAAUGAUUCGGAGGUGGAGUCAGAAAAGGGUGGUGGUGGAGCUAGUGGUGGGAUUAGUGGUGGGGAGGGAGAUCUCGUGGCAAUUGAUAAGGGGUUUAAUUUUGAGUUGGACGAGUUGUUGAGGGCGUCAGCUUAUGUGUUAGGGAAGAGCGGGUUGGGGAUUGUGUACAAGGUUGUGCUCGGAAAUGGAGUGCCUGUGGCCGUGAGGAGGUUGGGAGAAGGCGGUGAACAGAGGUAUAAGGAGUUUGUAGCUGAGGUUCAGGCAAUCGGGAGAGUAAAUCAUCCGAAUGUUGUGAAGUUGAGGGCCUAUUACUGGGCACCUGAUGAGAAGCUUCUCAUCAGCGAUUUCAUUUCCAAUGGCAACUUAGCUUUUGCUCUUCGCGGGAAAAAUGGUCAGCCGUCAUCCAGUUUAACAUGGUUAACCAGGCUGAAAAUUGCGAAAGGUACAGCACGGGGCUUGGCCUACCUACAUGAAUGUAGCCCGAGAAAAUUUGUUCAUGGAGACAUUAAACCAUCAAACAUUCUCCUUGACAAUGAAUUUCAGCCGUACAUAUCUGAUUUUGGCCUCAACCGGCUGAUUACCAUCACUGGAAACAACCCUUCCUCUUCCGGGGGCUUUAUUGGUGGUGCGCUUCCCUAUCUAAAACCAAACCUACCAGAGAAAACGAACAAUUAUCGAGCACCAGAAGCUCGAGUCACCGGUAGCCGACCUACCCAAAAAUGGGACGUCUACUCAUUCGGAGUCGUCUUACUUGAAAUGCUAACUGGUAAAUCUCCAGACUAUUCAUCUCCAACGGCUUCAACAUCUACAGAGAUCCUGGAUCUCGUAAGGUGGGUAAGGAAGGGAUUCCACGAGGAAAACCCGUUGUCUGAUAUGGUAGACCCUAUGUUGCUUCAAGAAGUACGCGCCAAGAAGGAAGUACUGGCUGUAUUUCACAUUGCCCUUGCAUGCACAGAGGGAGACCCCGAGGUUCGACCGAGGAUGAAAACUGUGUCUGAAAAUCUGGAGAAAGUUGGAUAA